CUCUUGUGGUGUGCUGCUGCCUUUCGUGGCCUUUUCCAGAACAUCUGGUAAAUCAAGAGCAACAUCGGACAUGGGUCCAAAGAAGCCUGCUUCUGCCCAAGUUGGCAAGCUGACCAGGGAGAAGUUUACCCUGGAGAUGAAGAAAGACAUCAUCAGAAAGUACGAUGGAGGGAAACGCAUUGCGGACAUCGCCAUGGAGUACGGCCGGAAUGCAUCAACCAUUGGCACCAUCGUAGCGAACAGGGAGAAGAUCCUUGCCACGGAUGCAGCGAAGGGUGUCACAAGGAUCGCCAAGAACCGGCCAGCUGUCCUGAAGGAGGUGGAGAAGCUCCUGGUUAUCUGGAUGGAAGAGAAGCAGUGUGCAGGGGACACAGUGACUGAGGCUGUGAUGUGCGAGAAGGCCAGGGCCUU